AUGCCAAACGUGUUCACCGACCAGAUCGAGCUCUUCUGCCGCGGUAUCUCCCAGCGAGAAAAGGUCUGCGUAUCAGUUCAUCCCCACAAUGACCGAGGAUGCGGCGUGGCAGCAGCCGAGAUGGCUCAGUUGGCUGGUGCAGAUCGAGUUGAAGGAUGUCUAUUCGUGAAUGGGGAACGCACUGGAAAUGUCGAUCUCGUCACGUUGGCCCUCAGCCUAUAUACUCACGGUAUUUCACCCAAGGUUAACCUGAGCAAUUUGAAUGAGGUUGUCGCUAUGGCAGAGGAGUGCACAAAGAUCGCCGUCCAUCCUAGAGCUCCCUAUGCAGGGAAAUAUGUAUUUUGCACAUUUACCGGUACGCACCAGGAUGCCAUACGGAAGGGAUAUAACAAACUCAAAGAAAGUGAGAGACUUGGAGCUACGCGGGCGCCCAAGUGGAAAAUGCCAUAA